AUGGCUUCGAACGUGAGAGGGACGCCCGCCGAGGGUCGGGAGGAAAGAGUGAAGAACGUGGGGAAGAAGCUCCUACUGAGGAUGAAGACUGUCUUGAGAAAGACGGAACCCGCGAAACGAACCGAAACCACCCAUGUGCCAACGGCAAGCGCUCCUCCCCAGACGGAGGAUGGUCAAGCCGUCUUCGAAGGGGAACGCAUCCCCCGGGCACAGGUAUACAGCGAACGAGCACAGCUACUCUCGGAACGCUUCGGUCUCGACAUGGACCCUCAUACCUGGUACCCAAUGGAGGGUCAUGUCCUUCGCGUCAACAAACCGAUCCGCAUGCGUGUACAUCGGAGUUGUCACCAAUGCGGCCACGGACUAAACCAGUCCGGCAUCUGCGACAGCUGCAAGCACACCGCUUGCAGUCAAUGCAGUUAUUACCCGCCCAAGCGAUCCGAGGCAGAGUUGGAAGCCAGUCGAGAGGCCAGGGACCGAAUUCUGAGAGAACGCACAGCGAAUGCAAUGAUCGUGCCAGACUGGAACUUCAACCCCAACGAGAAAGUCGUUCUUAGAAGGCCUGGGAAGGCCGGCGGCCAAGAACUGGUGUACAAGAAGGUUCGGCAGCGCGUUAGGAGGACCUGCUGCCAAUGUCUUGAAUUCGACGGAUUGGACACUUCUUUCCAGGGUGGAAAGCUGAGCUGUCCAAAGUGCAAUCACGCGCGAUGCACAGAUUGCCCGCGAGACCCACCCAAAAAGGACAAAUACCCCUAUGGUUACCCUGGCGAUGAAUUUGGCGCGAAAUCGAUACCUCACUACAAAUGCCACGAAUGCUACGAGAAGUUUCCCCCAGGAGCCCAAGACGGCGAGACUUGCUUCAGAUGCGCGCACGAAAAGUGCAACGACUGCCAGCGGCUGAGACCGCAAAAGGUCGAGCCAAAACCGGACCCCGAAGUUCUCAGAAGCGUACAGGAGAAGUUGGCUGCGAUGAACCUCGCCUGA